AUGGUGAAUCCAAAGGAGCACUGCAAGUCUAUUAUUUCAAGAAGUGGGCUUGUGCUCCAACCAGUGAACAAGAAAAUGGAUGAGAAGAAAGCGGGAGAAAAGAAAAAUGAGGAGGAAGUUGUUGUUGAAGAUGUUGUAGUUGAAAAUGAUAGAGAAGAGGAAGUUGAGGAAAAGAAGAAAGAAAAAGAGGUAGUGGUUGAAAAAAGUUCUUCACCCCAGAAGUUGAUGAAGUGGGAGAAGAAGAAGAUGGCUGAGAAGCAGGACCAGCCAAUCAACCUAUCUCCAUAUGCUAAAGUGCCUUAUCCUCAACGGUUGAAGCAGGAAAUCCAGAAGCAGCACUAUGCAAGGUUUCUGGAUAUUUUUAAGAAGUUACAGAUUAACAUUCCAUUUGCUGAGGCCUUGGAGAACAUGCCUCCCUAUGCCAAAUUCAUGAAGGAUCUUCUCAUCCCUAUUGCCAUUGGAGAUGUGGAAGUAGGGAAGGCACUCUGUGAUUUAGGGGCUAGCAUUAACUUGAUGCCAUUGACUGUAUGUAGAGCCUUGGGAAUCAACACCCUGAAGGAUACUAAUCUUAUAUUGCACCUUGCUGAUAGAUCCAUCAAAAGACCAGAAGGUGUGGUUGAAGAUGUUCUGGUCAAGGUAGAUAAGUUUAUUUUUCCAGUUGACUUUGUGAUACUUGAUAAGGAGGAAGAAGAUACUGAAAGCCCUUUACUUCUAGUGAGGCCAUUCUUAGCAACUGCUAGAUCCCUGAUUGAUGUUGAAAAAUGGAAGCUAAUGCUAAGGGUGAAUGAAGAGACAGUUACAAUUGAUGUGUUUGAAGCCAUUAAACAUCCUGCUGAUGUGGAGGAUUGUUUCAGGAUAGAUAUCAUACAGGAUGUUGUGGAGGAAGUAAAAGGAGAAGAGGAAUUGUUGUUAGAGGAAGACAAAAGUAAGGAAGAAAUGAGUGGGGAAUUUUAUCAGGAGGAACCAGUAGUUGAAGAGCUUGAAAAGAAGGUGGAUGACAUUCCUAAGGGAGCACCUAAGGUGGAACUGAAAGAACUACCUUCUACUCUGAAGUAUGUGUUCCUUGGGGAUGAUCAAACAUACCCAGCCAUUAUCAAUGAGUUUUAG